UAUGAAAUUAGGUAAUCGGGGUAAACAGUAAAGAUGGCGUCGUCUGUAUCUGCAGAUGGGUAUUUGGGUCUAAAUGGAGCUAUUUCCGAGUCUCAAACAAAAAAACUGACAGAUCUACCGGCCGAGUUGCUCGAACACAUCCUGUGUUUUCCUCUCCUCAGCCAUGACGACAUCUGCAACGCGUCAUGCACCUGCAAGCGGCUCCGCGACGUAUGUCAUGGAAGGGGCAAGGUCUGGGGACACCAAUACAGACUCAGAUGGCCAAGAUUGCAGAAAUAUUACCGUCACAAUGAAUGCUGUGAUUGGCUGAGGGAAUACAGAACAAGACAUACUGUUGGUUUACAAAUCAGACUGACCGUUGAAUCCAUCUCCAAGAGAUUCUUCACUGAGGUUCCGUGCGUAGGCCAGGUGCUGGGGGAUAGCUUUGCAGAGAUCCAGUCACUGGGGGCACCUGAACACUUCUGUGAAGACGAACUGCUCUUCAUCCUCAAUUCAGACAAAUGGAAAAGCUUGACGUUGAAGUACUAUGCAAAGAAAAUACUCUACUUCCUGCGUCAGCAGAACAUCCUGAGGAGUUUGAAGCUUUUUCUGGAGCAGUCGCCAGUGCAGCAAUCAGCUCUGGAAGGUGCUGUGCUGGUGGACCAGUAUUGCAAUCCCUUGGCGGAAAUCACCGUAGCCAGUAUAUCGGACCAACUGGAAGAGAUCACAGACAAGGUUCAGAAGAUGUUGAGGAUUAAGAACCCGUCUCACCCUAGCCUCAGGGGGGCUCCUGAUGCAGGUGUCUGCUUUCACGUAGAUGAUCUGGAACUCCAGAGACAGGCUGUGUGUGUACUGAACUGUGUGUUAUACGAGCAGCUUCAGUAUAAGGGCAAUGAGUUGGAUUACUACAACCCCCUGAACUCUUACAUCCACCAGGUGAUCCAACGCCAUACAGGAAUACCCAUAAGCCUCUCUGUCCUUUACAUGAUGCUGGCGAGGAGGUUAGGGGUUCAGCUGGAGCCGGUCAACUUCCCCAAUCACUUCCUGCUUCGAUGGUGCCAAAAACCAAAUGGGAGUGAAGACAUCUAUGACUUUGUCUACAUCGAUGCUUUUGGCAAAGGCAAGCAGCUGACUGCCAAGGAGUGCGAGUAUCUCAUUGGCCACCAGGUGACGGCAGACUACUACAGCGCUAUCAGCACCACAGAGGUUCUGCUAAGGAUGGUGGGAAACCUACUCAACAUUGGGAAGAGAGGGGAGGGCAAUGAAAAAUCCUACCAACUCUUGAGGGACUCUCUGGACCUAUACCUCACAAUCAACCCAGACAACGUCCAGUAUUUACUGCUGCAGGCUCGCCUCUACUUCCACCUCGGCAUUUGGCCAGAGAAGGUGCUGGAUAUUCUGCAGCACAUCCAAGCGCUGGACCCAUCCCAGCACGGUGCGGUGGGCUACCUGGUGCAGCACACACUGGAACACAUCCAGCACAAGAAGCAGCCGGUGCAGCCCGAGGUGAAGCGGCGCAGCGCUGCGGAGCACGUGGACGUCCGCUACGCCGCAGGCCUGGUCAUGAAACACAAGAGGUCGGGUUAUAACUGUGUCAUCUACGGCUGGGACCCAAAGUGCACUAUGAGCCAGGAGUGGAUCAGCACCAUGCGGGUCAACCAGCUCAGCAGUGGAGCCGACCAGCCUUUCUACAACGUGCUGGUGCAGGACGGGACAUGCCGCUAUGCUGCACAGGAGAACCUGGAGCCGCACGAGGACCCUUUAGAGAUCGGGCACCCCGAGGUGGGCCGCUACUUCUCGGAGUUCUCCAACACCCACUACGUUGCCAACGAGGAGCUAGAGACACGCUACCCGGAAGAUAUGUCCGAGACCUUGUGCACUGUCCGGCGGCUCUACCACAGACUGCUGCCCUCUAGCGGUGGGAACCAAAGCAAGGCGCAAGAGACGGCUGAGCCGGCGGAGCAGCAAGCAAUGCCAAUGUAGCUAGAGUCUUUAGUGACCCUGGUACCUACAAUGGCCCUUCUUCCUCGUAGUAUGCAUUGAUUGACGGCCAUGCUCAACUCAGCGUCCACAUAGCUGUCUCACACCGCUCAAAAGAAUGACGUUGUUGCAAAAAGGAUUUUUACCAGUCAGUAUAUGCCAGAGUGGAUGAUAACGCAAAAAAGCGAUGGCAUGUGUGUAUGUGUAGUCUGUUAGGGUAUACGGUUUACGCUGUAAACAUUUAUACUGCAAUGCAGAAUAUUACAGUUUGCCAUUUGAGCGGUUUAUGGGUAAUUCAUUGAAAUGUUCGUCACCCCACCAUGAGCAAUGUCAUUCACGUCCCCCGGCCCCGUCACCAACCCAGCACGAUUCUAGAACCCCCCCCCUUUUUUUUUCCUAUAUCAUUGACAUUGACCGAAAUACGAAUAUACUUAUACGCAAAAUGAAAAACAAAUAGGCCCACUUCGCAAAUGGCCUUUAAAUGUUUUGCAUUUUGUCAUCACGUCCCAUGCACUUAAGCGUUUGCCCGUUUCAUUUUAAAUAUUUUCUGUACAUUUACAAGUUAAAUAUAAUGAAGUGAGGGCUCAUCGGGUCAUUCAGCUCUCCUUCAAAGAGAAGAGUAUGAUGGAAAUUAAGUUAAUGAGUGGCUUGGACAAAGAACAAUUAUGACAAUUGAGGAGAAUUGUGGUAAUAAAAUGUAAAAUUUU